AUGCCCUUCCGGGAACUUGCUAUGACUGGGUGGUCCUCCGGCAAUGCAUUAUCUCACCACGAGCCCACAGUGACUGCUGCUGGAACUGCGGCUUUGCCAGCACUGGACAAGACAGCCUUUGAGAUUUGUGGACGCGGAGCUCAAGAGGCUUGCCCAAUGGAGAUGGUGGCUUCUUUGGCGGGCUCACUCAAGGAGUUGGGCGCUGUGCCUUCCGAGUACAUGGAUUGCGCGGCAGCCGCCAUUCAAAAGGCUGCCAAAGACGUUGAUGGAGACAGGAUGCAAACGGCGUUCGAGCCGGAUGCCACAAUCAGCGAUGCCGGCCCUUCUGUGUUGGAGGUUGGGAAAGAUCUCGUUGUCUUGUGGAAGCCAAGUGGAUGGGUGGUAAAUGUCAGAAGACAGGCUUCAGCAGGCUUUGCUGAAGAAGACAUGCUGGGGGAGGAGCCAGGCGACCAGGCGCUGCUUUUGGCUCCCUGGCUCGCGCAGAACCUGGGCCCCAGGUCGCCCAUAUCUGCGGAUCCGGAUGCCCAACAUGGCAUCCUGCAUCGCUUGGAUGCCGAGACAUCGGGACCCUUGGUGUGCGCAACCAGCUACACUGGCUAUGCCCUGGCUAUGCUGCAGUUUGGUUCCCGAAAUGUCAUCAAGGAGUACCUCUGCCUUUGUCACGGCUGGCUUUCUCCGCAGGUCAAGAUGACGGAGCAGCCUUUGCAGUAUGGUGAGCGUCAAGCUGCUGAUUUGGAAGGCCAACCUACAGCAAGGUUGCGAGCGGCAAAAACCGAGAUCUUGUCCGUUGCCCACUUCACAGCGGAAACUGCGGUCAGCUUGGUUGCAGUCCGCCUGCAUACUGGGAGGCGAAACCAGAUUCGGGCCCAUCUUCUCUACCAGGGGCAUCCUCUCGUAGGCGAUAAAAUCUACGGAGAUGGAGCGAAGGGCUGGUGUCGUCGGCUGUUUUUGCACAGCUAUCGGCUGCGCCUGGACAUCGGCCAUGGGCCCUUAGAAGCUCGCUGCGCGCUUCCGGGCGACCUUCGGGCGACACUGUCGCACCUGGCUCCUCGGGAUGAGCACGCCCGCCAUUCGCAGGAACACUGGCUUCAGUUUGCAUCAAAAUGCUCCGAGCUCGUGCUUGCCAAGGCCAAGGCCCAACACUGGGAUACCAAAAAAGAAUCUUAUUGCCAAGAAAGAACGAGCAUUAGGCAUCAUUUCACACCUAACACACUCCGCUGUCUACAUGCUGACUUCAUACCAUAUCCGGGUCCAUUGUCGAACCACAGAGUUUUGAGACAAAUGAUUUUGAUAUGCCUGGAUCAUUUGCGCCCUCAGUAUUCCAAUAUCCCACAAUCUCGGUCUUUUGAUUUUUCUCGAUAA